AUGGCUUUGCAGGACUCACUUCAGUCAUCGCAGGAGCAGGCGAGGCCAUGGGUCGAGACGCCUUUGAGGGAAUCCUACGCGUUAUCUCAGGCUGCAGGAUGCAGAAUCUUCCUCAAACUCGAAAACCUCCAACCAUCCGGCUCUUUCAAAUCAAGAGGAAUCGGAAACUACAUCCUCGCCCGCCUCUCCGAGCUCCCUCCAACCCUCACCACAACGCCGCACAUCUUCUGCUCCUCAGGCGGCAACGCCGGCCUAGCCGCUGUUCACGCCUCACGCACCCUCAACCUCCCCUGCACCGUCGUCCUCCCCACAACCAUCAAACCUCUUAUGGUUCACCGCAUCAAAGCCGCCGGGGCCCACGCUGUCCUGCAACACGGCAACGCCUGGGCAGACGCAGAUCGCUACAUGCGCGAGGAAGUCAUGCCGCACGCCGGCCCGGGAGCCAUAUACACCCCACCCUUUGACCACCCCGAUAUCUGGGAGGGCAACGCGAGCGUGAUGCACGAGAUUGCCCGACAGAUGCCAGACGGCGAGUUACCAGACGUCAUCAUCUGUUCGGUCGGGGGAGGCGGGCUCCUAAACGGCAUCAUGCAAUCGCUCGACUCCCUUCCAUCUCCCCCCUCUUCUCCCUCAAACAAGAAAGAACCCAAACACCCCACAAUCAUCGGCCUAGAAACCCUCGGCGCAGACUCCCUCAACGCUUCCCUAAAAGCAAACACCCUCCUCACCCUCCCGCGCAUCACAUCCCUAGCAACCUCCCUAGGCUGCGCCCGCGUCACCCCGCAAACCCUCGCCUACGCGCGCCGUCCCAACGUCGUCUCCGCCGUCCUCCCGGACGCCGAAGCCGCCAUGGGUUGUUGGCGCCUCGCCGACGACGAGGGCAUGAUGGUCGAGCUCGCGUGCGGCGUCAACGUCGCGCUGUGCUACGAUGGGCGGCUUGAGCGGGUCUUGGGCAGGAAGAUGCGCGCAGACGAGAAGGUCGUCGUCGUGCUUUGUGGGGGGAGCAAUGUCACGGUUGAUAUGCUUGCUGGGUGGAGGAGGGAGUAUGGGUUCCUCGAGGACGGGCGGUGGAGGGGUGAUGGGAGUGAGGAGAAGGAGGACGAGAGUGUUGCUGUUGUUGUUGUUGGCGGCGAUGAUAGGAAAGAGCAGGAGAGGAAGAAGAGGUGGGGGGAGGACGAGAGCGGUGCGCACGAGAUUUUUGCGCUGUCUGCGAAACUUUGA